CAUGCACUUCCUUCAAGUUCCUUCAGUUUGAUUUGACACUUUUUGUUAUUUGAUUUGUUUUUGACGUGUAACCUGUCGCUUUCCCUUUAUUUACAAAAAUCGAAUAAUUUAGUUAAAUCUAUUUUGAAACUCUAUAAACAUGUCGAGUGGCCAAUGGGAAGUUGUUGGAAAAAACAAAAAAUCCCAAAAUGGUAAGGUAAAAACGGGAAAAGACGACGAGAAGAAGCCUCAUAAAAACUUGCCGAAACUUGAAGAUAUUGUUCCACAUUCUCAAAUAAAAUCAUUUUAUUCGGGUAUGGAAAUUGAUGACACUAAAAAGCCGCCAAAAGAUAAAAAGAAGGAUGGAGAGAAAAAAGGUAAAAAGGACAAGAAAGCUGAACCUCCAAAGCCAAAGCCACCGAAAACUAUUGAGGGUGCAUUAGAAGCCAUUGACCCAUCCGAGCUUGCAAAUAUAAUAACAUCAAAUAAGAUUCGAUUUUCGAAUGCUCCAUUAGUAUGGUUGAAAGAAGUUGCCAGUUUUCUGAAUACGAAAAUACAAAUUGAUGUUGAAGAUCCAACAUUCUCCGAUUACGAUAUUUUAUAUCCAUUAAGCAGUACUCCUGUCGAUAUAAAGACCAGUUUGGAAAAGUUGCUACAGGAUGCUGGAAAAGCUAAUAUACAGCUGUUCUUUGAUGUUACUCUUACAGCUUUGGCUAAUGACAUGAGUAGAGGUCAAGCAGUAAAUGGCCAUAGACUACUUCUACAAAUGAUGGCUCACAUGUAUCCAGAGUUUUGUACAGCAUCAGUAGCCAAGAGUGCCAGUCUUAGAAAUUCUUAUCAGAACAGACCACCAAUUGGUCAAUCAUUGUUGUGGGCUUUUGGUCAAGGUGGUCUUAGUGAUUUCGAUGUUGGCAUGAAAGCCUGGCAAGAAUUAUUCCUUCCCAUAAUUGAGUUGAAGAGCUACACUAAAUAUAUAAUAACAUAUUUAUCAACGCUCUUGGAUACGCACGGUAAAAUGGAUGCAACGAAAAUAAGUCAGGAACAACUGUUUGCUAUGUUCGAUUUGGUAAACAAUAAGAAAAACAGUUUAUCCAAAGAGUUGUCAAGUGACCUUAUUCAACAAUUAAGUAAAUAUAAGGAUGUAUUUUUCAAUAAAAGUGGAAAUAAGUUGCAAGUUACAUUUAACCAAAUUAUGAAAAAGUUGCCCAAUCAAUACUUGAGCGGUAACAGCUUGGACCCUUACAAUAGGGUGCUGGUUGCCAGUUUGGUUGAUUGUUUGAGACGAGAUGACUCUUGUAACGCAACAUGGAGACAAUUAUUCCACAAAUGCACUAAACAAUCAGCUACCCUCCUAGAUUUUAUUAAUAGCAACUGGACUGAAGUAAGCCCAAAACUGAGACUGAAAUCUUUGAAAACUACGGUGCUGCAAUAUAAAGAAAUAAGUAAAGAUGCAUUAAAAGGGAAAAAGAAAGAC